AUCCCUCUUCCAUUCUCCUUUUAGAGAGAGAGAGAGAGAGAGAGAGAGAGAGCGCCUCUGGUUCGUGGGUUUCGAAUUGGACAUAUAGCUCGUUUUCUUCGAUCAGUGUUUUAUAUAGCUCAUCCUCUGUCGGUUUCAAUCAAUUAGCGGUUUAAUUGUCGAGCUUUGAGCGGAUGGGGGGAUUGGUGGCGGAGGCGGCAGCGGCGCCGAUUUGCUUCAUGAGAUGGGACGAGGUGUUUGUGUCGAGCGACAAAGGGCGGAGGGAGGUCCAUUACUAUUUGAAACGCAGAGACGGCAGUUCAGAUCUGGCGGUGGUAGGCAAAGAGAAGAGCUUGCGGCACAUGUCCUAUCAUUAUGCUUUCCGAAUCCGGUCCUUGUUCUCCAUGUCGUCGCUCGUUAAGCUUAAAUCUCGCAGAGAGGUCAUCGAUUGGCUCGAUUGCGUUGUUGCAGAUACGUCAUUUCUCAAAUCACCCGAUUUGGGUGGGAGUGUGUCGGAUGGUAUAGAUGCUUGCAAGUUGGGGAUUGAAAUCUUUAAGGAUACAGUAUUGCGGAAGCUAGGCAACCAUACCACUGAGUUUCUGUGGUUAGGCUCUCCUUGGACAUGCAGAAAAAAACGGAGGCAUUAUCAAUCAUUUAGCCGGAACAGUGUUGUAGUUUCGGUUCAUGAUUUUGUAUUUGUUUUAGCCGAGGAGGAUAAACGUCUUGUUGCAUACUUGGAAGAUAUGUAUGAGGAUUCUAGGGGCAACAAGAUGGUUGUGGUACGGUGGUUUCACAAAGUUGAUGAGGUUGGUAUUGUUUUGCCUCACAAUUUUAAUGAUAGGGAGAUUUUCUUUUCUCUUUGUCUUCAAGAUCUCAGUAUUGAAUGCAUAGAUGGAUUAGCUACCGUCCUCAGCCCCCAUCAUUUUGAGAAAUUCAAGAGAGAGGCAACGCAUACCCUUUUGGAACCCUUUGUAUGCUGCAAGCAGUUUGAAAAUGACGAUGUCCAGCCCUUUGACAUUACUCAAGUUAGAGGUUAUUGGAAACAGGAGAUACUUAGAUACAUGCACACACUUGCUUCUUCAAAGGUUCAAGGGAGUUCUCAACAGCCAGAUGAAGGGUUGGAAGUGGAAGAAAAUGAUGGUGCCAAUGAUAUCAGACCUAAAAAGAGGUAUCAUUCUUCAAGAAAUGAUGACAUGCGCUUGCAAUACUGUGACCGAAAGGAGUUUCCGGAUGCUGUAUAUGGGAAUGUGGUGAAUCUAAGUAAAGAUGGGACUGAUUGCAGAAGUAAAAGUGAAGCCUUUUGCCUUGGAAGAAGAGGUUCUUCUGUUUUACCUCGUAAAGACGUGAAGAAAAUUCCGCAGCACCAUUUAGUGAUUGGCUCCCAGGUUGAAGUCCUCUCACAAGACAGUGGCAUUAGAGGGUGUUGGUUCAAAGCUUUGAUUAUCAAAACGUACAAAGAUAAAGUGAAGGUGCAAUAUCAAGAUAUUCAGGAUGCAGCUGAUGAAGCUAAAAAACUGGAGGAAUGGAUUUUGGCCUCUAAGCUUGCAGCUUCUGAUCAAUUGGGUCUUUGGACUUGUGGUAGGCCAAUUGUGCGGCCAUCUCCACCGUCUAACAAAGGUAGAGUUUCAUGGGCUGUUGAUGUUGGGACUGUUGUGGAUGUCUGGUGGCACGAUGGAUGGUGGGAAGGGAUUGUAGUUCAGAAGGAUUCUGAUGGCAGACUGCAUGUGUAUUCCCCAGGAGAGAAGCAGGUGUUGAUUGUUGGUCGUGGUGAAUUAAGACAUUCUCAAGAGUGGUUGGGUAAAGGAUGGGCUCAAAUUAAUGACAGGCCGGAACUUGUGAGCUUAAUCUCAUGUAGUUUAGAUACAAAGCAAGUUGUGGGAAAGUGUUCAGAUGACGUGUCAGCACAAUCUGCAGUCUGCGAUAGCGAGCCGCUAGAGAAAGAAGAAACCAGAUGGAAUAAUUCUGUUCCGCUUGCUGAAGAUGAUAAAGAUGAAAGGGUUAAAGAACUGGGCAAGGUUCCAGAUCUUUUGAAGGAUGAUCUACUUGCCCAGCUGAAGUGGAGGUCCUCAAGGAAGAGAAGACGUGGAAACGGAAACUCUGUCCAGAAGCUGCAUUGCGUUGUUUUGGAUGGUAAAAGCACCCGUGGCCUUGUGGGAUCCGGUGCUUGUGAAAGUUUUAUGAUUUCAUCGUCGCUGAAAGUUGACCAUGAGAACUGCAAAUAUUUAGGGGAUUCUCUUUUCAGUUCUUCAGUCGCGCCUCCGCUAACAAGUUUAGUGAUGUAG